AUGGCAACCCUCGCUCGGCAAUUCAGCAUGCAAUAUACGUUGAACGGUGGUGAGGACUGCCUAUACUUCAUCAUAGCCAUGAACAAGCAAACUGGUAUGUCUGUACUCGAACCAAAGAUCUACACUGAGGCCACCGGCAGGAUAUGGCCCUUGUUUAUCAUGGAUGGACUGGACGCAAUGAAGGGGGUCUAUAGCAAAACCGCGAAGGAUGAUCAGCAGUUUCUUGACCUCGGAUGCGGUCCAGGAGACAUCACGCGUGACAGUCUGCUUCCCUACUGCCUGCCAUGCCGGAGGGUUGUUGCAGUAGACGUGUCAAGUGACAUGGUUGAGUUCGCCAAGACGCACUUCGCCCAUCCAAAGAUCUCAUACGACGUCCUCAACAUUGUAGCGGAUGACGUGGCCGAUUUUGUGGAAAGGUACGGCCAGUUUGAACGCGUCUACUCCUUCUACUGUUUCAACUGGGUGAAGAAUUUCGAGAAAGCAUUCAAGAACCUCGCAGAGCUGAUGAAACCCGGAGCCGAGUGUAUGCUGUGGUUCUUCUCUACCAGCCCACCUAUUCGAUUUCGCCAAAAACUAAUCAAGAUGGAGCAAUGGAAGAAGUACGCUGAGAUAUGUGAAAACUGCAUUCCUCCUACGGCUGGCAUGAAUGGCAAAGAAGAAAUAAUUUCUUACAUCUCUGGUCUUCUAAACUCCCUUAACCUGAAGCCGUCUAUAUGUAACGUCACCCACGCAAAACUUAGGGACUUCACCAGCCCCGAGGCCAUAACCAAGGAGUUGCUAGCCUUCAACCCCUUGAUAACACUACUGACCGAGGAAGAGGAAUCUGAACUUCUCAAAGAAGCGACUAAAGAAGCUACCGAACUGUGGGCACAGCAAGAAGCCCAAGGAUAUCCAAUAAUGUAUGAGGUAGUCGCAGUUUGCGCAACAAAACCUCGAGCAUAA